UAUAUAUAAUAUAAAUGUAAACUAACUAAAUAAGAUAAAUAUAUAAACAUUUAUAAAUAGUUAGAUAGAUAGCAUUAUUUUUUAUGGAUGCACAAAAAGCACAGAAUUAACUCCAGUCCUAAAUGAAUAAUAAAAACUCACUUUCACUGCACCUUGUGGUUUCUGUAUCUCGGUGUCUUUAGACAUUAUUUUACUUUUGAUCAUAAUAUUUGAAGUAGACAUUACAGAUCUUACUCGCGCUACACUCUGUAUCAGCGCGUCUACACCGCGCGUGACCAGCAACGCGGCCUCGUUACUAACACUUUAUUUUCAGUGCUUUUUGAACUGUCUCUCAGCCCUAAAUAGUUCCGCGGGAUUUGUGUGGAAUUGGGAUGAACGUCUAGUUAAAGGGUUGAUGUCUCGCUGGCGCAGUGAUUUGUUCUUUAGGAGUGUUUUUCUCUUGAACAGCUCUCUGUGUGGAGACUUGAGGUAGUUCUGUAGUCACAGGUGCACAAAUCAGUCACACAGCUCCAGCUCCACCUGCGCCUCUCGCAGGGAAACGGUUUCUGUGCACUGGCUCCGUCCCAAAUCACCUUGUAUGGAAUCUCUAUCUCUAGUGCACUAGGUGCGGUAGAGACUCCAUUCGUUCAGACCGUGUGUAGUGUACCUAGAUACGCAGUCGUGCAGGAUUUGGGCACAGGCCACGCUAAUGACACAUCAUCCAUUUCAAGUCAAGUUGCUAUUGUUAAACAUUUCACUAAAACCUGUAUGGAAACGUUGCUGUUCAGUUGUUCUAUAAGCGCAAUUUCAACCAAAUACAGUGGAGUGUAAAAGUUUGUACCCCCUUUUGGUUUCUUUUGGACGGAAGGGUGUUAAAUGUCCUAAACACUACAAAAUUUGACUGUGGUUGUGAUCCUGUCAACCAACUGUAAGGAUAAAUACGAUUGCGUGAAGAAGUACCUGUGUGUGGACUGUCCCACUCCAAGCCAGUGUGUGGUGGCUCACACCCUCAGCAGACCUCAGACCCUCAUGACCAUAGCCCCAAAGAUCUCCUUGCAGAUGAACUGCAAGAUGGAAGGAGAGCCGUGGAGCGUCGAGAUCCCGUUGAAGCACCUGAUGAUGUUGGUAUCGACUGCUACCACGACAGUGCCGCAGGAAAGAGAUCCAUCGGUGCACUGGUGGCCAGCCUCAACCCGGCCAUGUCCAGCUGCGCUGAAGGCCUACUUCAAAUACGAUGAAUGUUUGCCAUCACGCAUCGUGGUGUACCGAGACGGCGUGGGCGACGGCGUGCCGCUGAGCGUAGUCGACUACGAAGUGCCUCAGUUCACGCAGUCCACCAAGGCCAUGGGUGAAGAUUCCGCGCCCAAACUGACCGUGUUGGUGGUGAAGAAACGCAUCUCUUCCAGAUUCUUCGCUCUCCUCGACGCCAGACUGAGCAACCCUCCUCCCGGAACAGUCAUCGAUGCCGAAGUCACGUGACCCGAGUGGUGUGUUCAGGCAUAGUUCAUCGAUCUUUUUCUCUUUCACUGGUGGUCUUUCUGAUCGCAGCUUCAGGUUGCGUUCGGUGUGUUUUAAACGCUGAUGGCUUGAUUGGUCAGGUACGACUUCUUCAUCGUGAGUCACAAAGUGCGCUUCGGCAGUGUGGCCCCCACUCACUACAACGUGGUGUACGACAGCAGUGGCCUCAAACCAGACCACAUGCAGAGACUCACCUACAAACUCUGCCACAUGUAUUACAACUGGCAGGUAAAAGCCACACACACACACACACACGUUCAUACGGGAGGAGGGUUGCUCAGUCAACGAUUUUCAUUAUCAAUUAUUAUCAACUAUUAUGGAUUAGUUGUUGCAGCUCUAUUUGCAACACAUUAUACUAAGAAUUGUGUGGUAUUUUAAGAUGUUUGUUCAAGGUAAUGCAGUUAAUACCCAUUGCAGUUCUUUAUACUUCGGGUUAUUACUCAGAUUAUAAAUGUAUUUGAGUGAGGACAUUUAUCACCUGUGUGCUUUUUCUGCAUUGUUAUUAGCAUAUGUACUGUAUGAUUUAGUAAAAUAAUCAUUAGCCAUUACGUUGUUAUUCUGAUUACUCUGGGUGUGUGUGUGAGUGAGUUCAUGCUCUUGGGUGUGUGUGCUGUGUGCUGCACUUCCUCUUUUUGGUCAGGCCCUACGCCUUGCUGUAGUUAACUUUUAAGAGACACUGUCUAUAAGGAAGAGAGCGUGACUCUGCUCUUUCCCUUAUUCUCAAUAAAUUCUCAUUCUCCAUAUUUUAUUGCCCUUGUGUUUUAUUUCUAUCAAAAAUCUUCUCCAACACUGAUAACGAUCGGUCUGAUGAGACCUGAGCCAGGAGAGGACCGUUCCCUUAAUGCCAACAACAUUUUCUAAUCUAUCUAGCGCAGAGGUGCCCAAACUUUUUCCUGUGAAGGGCCAAGUUUGGCCCGCAGGCCCUAGUUUGGGGACCUCUGAUCUAGCGUGUAGCGGAGCGUUGAUUCGGUCGCCUGAUUGAGUACUAUCGGAUCAGACGGUGAUCCAAAUCUAACUGAUGUCUGUGCGAGGUUAUUGAUGAAGCUCGGUGCAGUAGCUGAUGUGAAAGUACGUUUUAUGCGGUGGCGAGGUGGAAAUAUGAUCCAUACGUAUUAUGAGUGAGAUAAGAAUGAUCGGAGACAACUUCAGACUGUGGAAGUGUUACAAUAUUUUCUAUAUUUAAUCCGUACGUAUGAGGUCAAGAGUGUGACCACCAUUAUGAGUAGGCCCGAUUACGUUCUGAUUGACCUCUACUGAAUCUAAGAUGGACACAACCGCUGUUCUCAGAGGGUCUUCUGGGUUAUCAAAAUGAAUAUUAAAGUCUCAGACGAUUAAUGCUUUAUCUACAGACACAACCAGGUUUGAGAUAAAGUCAAAUUCACUAAGAAAUUCAGUAUAUGGCCCUGGGGGUCUGUAAAUAAUAAUUAGAGGAAUUGACUUAUUUUUUGUGGCUACAUAAGUUGUGCUGGUAUAAAGAAUUUCAAAAGAAUUAAAUUCAUGAUUAGGUUUUUGUGUGAAGACUAGAUUUUGACUAUGGAUGAGACCAACACCUCCUCCUCUACCAGUUGAAGGAGGCUGAUGUACAUAACUGUAUCCAGGAGGACUGGCUUCAUUUAAUGCUAUGUACUCGUUUGGUUUAAUCCAAGUUUCCGUUAAACACAUUAAAUUACAUUCCUGAUCAGUAAUGAUGUCGUUAACAAUAAGAGCCUUAGACGCAAGAGAUCUAAUGUUUAAUAGUCCUAGCUUCAGAUUAAAGGUGCUGGAUGUGCAUUCAGUAUGAUCUAAUUUAAGGUUAAUUAGGUUACUAAAACAAACAUUCUGAAAUUGUCUAUGUAUUUGUAUAGCUCGGGGAACAGACACAGUCUCUAUAGAAUGUACUACAGGUGUUGGACUAUUAAUUGAACAUUGCUUAUGAUGAACGUUGUUAUUGUAGAAGAUGUGCUUACGGUAGACAGUCACUUGGAGUGUAGCGUCUUGGAGAUGUUGUCAGACAGCAGUUCCGCUCCGAGGCUGCUUGGGUGCAGGCCAUCAGGACGAAACAACCUAGGACGCUCCCAGAACAGAUUCCAGUUAUUAACAAACAGCAGAUUCUGUUCAUUACACUGUGAGGGAAAUUACUCAUUUUUACUUUGAAAUAGUUUUGUUCUUGUUCUGUUUCAUUCUCAUGUGAGGAUAACCACUCAGAAGGCCAUGUGAUGUCACUGAGAUCAGAAUGUUUAUCUGCUUACAGAGACACAAACAUGUUCUUCUGUUCAAUGUUCGUCUAAACAUCAUCUAAGAUCCUAAAACAAAGCCUGUGUGAACUGCCUCAAACUGCUUCUUAUCGGUACACAGAAUGAUGUCAUGCUCUGAGUUUCAUAUAUAUAGUAGUGGUUUAGUACAAGCACUUCAGAGCACUCUCAUUAUUCUGUCCUGCUUUAUUCUAUCCUGUAUUAACCAUCUGAGAGAGGGGGCGUCGCUGCAGGGGUCUCGGCUCAGGAGUAUGGGGGCGCUCGCAGGUCUUUAGUUUAUUUAUCGAAAACAUUGGAUUUGGUGGCACAAGGAUUGCCAGCACGUUUGCGUGCCACGGCUCGAGCUGCUCUCUUAGUGCAGAUCACUGGGAAAAUUGCUCUCACGCAUUGAUCUUACACUCAUCACACCAGGUCACUUCUAUUUUGAAUUAGAUCCACAUGCAACACGACAGCUCAUCAAAGAACAGGAUAUGAAGUUAUUCUAUGUGUCACCCAAAAUUUUAAUAUUAAACCUAUUAGUGUGUCUAAUACACCAACUGUAGUGUUGUAUUGCCUAAUUAAUUCUGUGGAGCCAGUCACUGAGAACACUCACGAUUGCCUAGCCGAAAUUCAUAUUUCCUCGAGCCAAAGUUUGAACUUUUUAGACGUUCCAUCUGGAAGAUUUUGUGAGCACCCUGUUCUGCCCAAUUGGCCGAAUUAAAAGCUAUCACUACAGAGUGCGAACUGGUUACGGGUAGAAUUGCUAAUAUAUAUAUACUGACUCUGAUUAUGCCCAUGGAUUGUGUCAUCUGUUUGGAGCUGUUUGAAUGCAGUGAGGUUUUAGUAAAAGUGCUGGAACGCCACUUUAACAUACCGAGCAAAUAGUUUAAUCGAAUUCUGAUUGUACCUACUGCACUUCUCACUGUAUGAAUUUCAGAUGCACAUGGUUUUAGCCAGUGCGCGAGGGGGAAGUUAUGGGAAAAGAUAAAACAGCAAGAGGACUGGUCUCUGGACUUACAGGCAAUUAUGGAUAAUUAUUAUUAUUUUUUUAAACUUGCAGGCAAUGGUGAAUAAUAAUCUGAGUGUGAAAUUUAUGCUCAAAACAAUGUCAGAAAGGGAAAAUCAGUAUCGAUAGGGCUCAUAUCAAUGCCAGCCGUUUAAGCACUUGGUGAUAGACAGGUUUAGCAGAUGGAGGGAGGCAAUGCCAUCAGCAGACUAAACUGCUGGAACAAUGAUUCAAUUUUUAACCAGAGAGGUAAUUCCUAGAGACGGCAUACCAUCUCAGAUUAGCUCUGACAAUGGCUCAGCAUUCGUUUAAAAAACAGUGUUACAGUAACUGUGAUUAAAUUAAAAUUUUGAUGUGUUUAUCACCCUCAGUCACAGGGAAUAGUGGAAAAGGUAAGUGGUACCUUUAAGGCUAAGCUUAACGCAAUUUGUGCUAACACUAAACUCGUUUCGGUAGAUGCUCUACGUCUUGCACUAAUGACCUAUCGCAUGCAGACUAACAGAAAUAUGCAUCUAACACCGCAUGAAAUGCCUACGGGUCGAUCCAUGUCUGUGUCAUACCUGAGAGGUCCUUAUGAAGAACUGCCGCUGAAGUAAUUACAGAUGGGACUAAGAGCAUAUAUGCAAUAACUAACUGCUAUGUAUGAAGCUAUCUAUUCACAGGACCAGAGCUGGGGACCGAGAGAGGAGACAGAAGUUCCUUGUCCUGUGACUCCUGGAGAACAGGUGUACCUAGGGGUGUUCCAGCCCAGAAGGGAAGGGCCAUACAAAGUGAGCACCUAGAUUAAGACCUAGGAGAAAGGAGGAUCAGCUGAUCGAAGGGGACGAUCCAGUGGUUGACAUUGCAGAAGAAAGAACAAGACAAGACAUGAGAGAGGGUCUAAAUGAAGAUAAGGGAGAAUGGCAGUCUCAGGCGAUGGCAAAGAAGAAGGUCUGUCAGGGGUCGUACCAACAGAGCAGGAGGAAAGAAGGGCUCCUGCUGCUGAGAGCGGUUCUGACGAGCCUGAUACACCUGCUGAAGGAGAAAGAGGCCCAAGCAGACGUUCCUUACAAGACAACUUUUCCAUAAUUGACUUUUCAGCCCUUGACUAGUCUCCAAAACAGUACUGAACUAGAACUGAAUGAGACAAUCAGUGAGCCAGAUUGGAACUCUGAUCGGCUGCAACAGGAGGGAACAGAUUCCAGCUAUAUGUGCUUAAUCAACUGUGUACUCUACAUCACGAUGACAACCACAGGCAAGUGCUGAACCAAACGCAUACUCACGCUUACAAACAAUGUCUUGAUUUUUGUGGGUAGGGAAAGAGACAGAAUCUUUUACUCCUUUCUAGCCAAUGGGAGAGGAGAUGUUUGUUUCUGGUCUCCAGAGAGAGUGGUUUCAGGAUUUGGUCAUUGGUAGAAGGCUGACGUGGUCAUACAUUGAUCACUAGUUAGUGUAAAUGAAGGGACUGGGUUGUGAGAUUACUCUCUCUAGCUAGAUGGGGCUUAGUAAGCCCCAGAGGGGGAGAAUAUAUGGAAAAUAUCUGAAGUGCAAACAAUAUGUGUGACUGACAUUUGGAUAUGCUAAUGAAGUGAAUUCAAUAUGUAACCAACAUUUAGAAUUAUUACUUGAGCAUUAUCGUAUAAUCAAUAUUGGUUAAAAAACAUCAUCUAUAUGUAUAAUCAACAGUUAGAAGCAUAAUCUAAAUCCAUAGAACAAUGUUUGAUCAGGUUAUAUUCUGAGUGGAUUUGAGUUGAAUGAACUGUGUUUCAGUGCACAACAAUUGUUCUUCUGUAUCAGCUGUCUCCUGUCUCCACAGCAAUAAAAAUUGGCAGUAGAUAUUCGCAUGUGUAAGUAAAUAACUUUGAGGCAGAUACAAAUUAGGGAGUUAGGAGAGGGCCUCGGGAAAGGAGGCAGAUAUCAGCGGGGACAACCGAUAGAGACAGACAGAUGCUCAUUGAGGCCUAAGAAGGGAGUCAAGGUCAAGACACACAAGCCUGUGUGAAACCUUUUUUUGUAAAAGAAACCUUGUCCUCAUGAAACCUUUUCAAGAAAAACAACUAACUGCGCAUGUUCCACAAAUUUAACAUAACACAUAGACAUGAAUAUUUAAUUGUGGCAAAAGAAGAUUGGUCUAUUUUCACCGAGGAAAAGCAAAACCCCACCUACAGAGACUAUGCUGUGGAGAUAGGUAUAUAAAGACAUGUUUGUGUAUGCAUAAUUCAGACACUCUGCAGACUGUCACACUUUAUUGAUUUUCAAUAAAGUUUAUUUACUUUUUGACAUCUACUAAACUCUCUGUCUCUGAAGUUUUUGACCUAGGCUAAAAGGCUGAUUUUAUUCACGACACUCGCAGGCCACAGUGGGUUCUAAAAUUUGACAGAGGGGCCGGGCCAGGAACAGACGGAUGGAGUGUUUCUGUGCACUAAUAUAAAUGACAUGUAAAAGCCAUUACAUGAAAGGAUUUGGCCUUUAACAGGUAGCAAAGCAUGAAUAUGCAAGGCUCAUUGUACCAAUUGUUUCCCAAAUGCAUUAAUUUGAGAACACAGUAGAGAAACUCGCGUCCAGUUUCAGUGGGAACAGUUGUUGAUCUCCCUUUUUUGCCAGUGCAUCAAACUCUGGAGUUAGUUUUGUUGUGGCAAUUCUCAGGAUAGAUCCAAGGUGUUGGUCAGUUAACCUGGAUCUGUGAUGGGCUUUGUCGAUGUUCAUGACGCUGAAUGUCUGCUCACAUACGUAGGUCGAGCCAAACCAUGUCAGCAUCUUCUUUGCCGUCCUCCGGAGGUUUGGAAACGUCUCUUCAUUAAGUGAAGCAUAAAAGUCAUUCAGUUUAAG